AUGGAGUAUGUAAAGCCAUUAUUACAAAUGAAUAAGCGACAGCUGGCACUGCAGGCUCUAAACUUUUUCAUGAUUGUCGCAUCGGCAAUGGCAAUUUGGAAGGGGUUGUCUCUGAUCACAAACAGCGAGAGUCCUAUUGUCGUCGUGUUGAGUGGAAGUAUGGAACCAGCCUUCCAUCGUGGAGAUUUACUCUUUCUGUACAUGCCAAGUCAGCCAAUUCAGAUUGGCGAGAUCACUGUCUUCAAAAUCAAGGGCCGUGAUGUACCUAUAGUGCAUCGCGUGCUCAAAGUUCAUGCCGACGUCAAGGAUGGCAAACAAUACAUACUCACCAAAGGAGACAACAAUCCAGGAGACGAUAGGGUACUGUAUAAUCAAGGACAGAUGUGGAUUCACCAAGAUGAUGUUGUGGGAAGAGUCAAGGGAUUCCUUCCAUAUGUGGGAAUAAUCACUAUUCUCAUGAAUGACUAUCCAGAAGUCAAGUAUGUGCUGCUUGGAGGGUUGGCUCUUAUGGUGCUGAUUUCUAAAGAGUAG